AUGGAUGCAGAAGACUGGAUUGAGUCUAUUAUCAGAGCCUUAAUGUGUUUGAUAGGGAUAAUUGGGAACAACUGGUUAGGUUUUAGCUCCCUGCCUAAAUCCAAGUCUCAACUCAAAACUAACGAUGUCCUCUUCAUCAACCUGGCUUUAUCUAAUCUCAUCACCAACUACUUGGUGGACCUUCCGGACACCAUGGCUGAUUUUGCAGACAGAUGGUUUCUGGGUGAGCUGUACUGUGGAAUCUUUCGUUUUUGUGCAGACCUCUCAGAAACCAGCAGCAUCUUCUCCACCUUGUUUAUCAGCAUCUUUUGGUAUCAAAAGCUUGUGGGUUCACUUAAACGUGGAGGAGCUCCGGUGCGACUGGACAACCUUCGGCUUGUAGCUGCCUUGCUGGGUGGCAGCUGGAUGGUAGCUAUUGUGUUCAGCGUUCCCCAUUUCUUCUUUGCCACUGUAAAGAGCGAGAACGAGAGCUCGGAAGACUGCCUGGAUCUCUAUCCAUCUGCCUUAGCAAUGCAGGCCUACGAGACCACAUACCUAACUCUUGCUAACGCUGUUCCCAUUGCUGGGAUUGUGUUUGCGAGCCUGCAGAUUGUGGUCACCCUGCUGAAGAACCAAAAGCGCAUAAAGAACCAUUCCACAGAGGUGAACGGAGGAGCACCUAAGGUCCCAGGUGCUGAAACCAAAAAUACGGCAGGUACAGAGACCAGGUCCAACCCUUCCUCGGGCAACCAGGUUAGGGCAGCCAAAAGCGUUGUUGCCGUGGCGAGCGUUUUCCUGGUCUGUUGGUUGACACAUCUCUUGCUUCGCAUCACCAGCAGCGUGAAAAAGUCGUCUCUCGUCGUUGAAAUAGCCAGCUACAUUGCAGCAUCUUACACCUGUAUCAUUCCUUACAUAUUCUUGCAUGGAGUGAAAAAACUAUCCUGCUCUUGCAAACGAUAA